AUGGAUGACCUGUUCGAGACAUGUGGUUUUAACUUGAGCGCUACAAAGUUUGUUGGCAGGUAUAUCUUCAAUGGAUCCACUCAUACUUUAACACCAUGUGCAGAACUAACCGUAGUUGCUUUGGGUCAUCUACCACUGAUUUAUUUCACAGUUGCUACGCUGUUCUUGUUUGAGUUUCGAUUGUCCCCACAGAUAGAAACCACGGCUGUGCAGUGUAUAAUUGCAUUUAAAACGUUUACUGCAGCACUGACAACAGUCGUUUUCAGUGUUGUUGCAGUUACUGGAUUUCUUACCAGUUAUGCAGUUCAUUUAGUGUAUGUUGUAGAAUCAUGUUUUAUCAGCCUAACUUGGAGCCUUUACACAGUCCUCUGGAUAGUUUCCCUUUUUUGCACGAGUUGGACGAAAAGAUCCGGGCUUGUGGUUGGCUUUCAGCUUGCCUUUACUGCAUUUGGUGUGCUUGCCAUCCAAAGGUGGCUUUUGUUUAGUUUAAGAGACUUCUACACGAUUUUGGUCUUUGCUAUAUUCACCGUUCAUUUGAUAGGAACAUUAAUCAACAUUGUAGAAUGGCGACUGGAUAUAAGUUACUCUUAUGCUCAGCUGCUAGAGGGAGAUGGAGCUGAAAACGCCGAUUAUGUGGUUCUGAAAAAUGGAGGUGAUGAAAACGAAGGCUUUUUUUCACGGAUUUUUUUCUGCUGGACUAACGAUCUUAUUCGUAAAGGAUAUAGGCAGCAGCUCAAUGAGGUGUCAGAUUUAUUUACACUUCCUUCCAAUAUGGAUAGCGAAAGACUCGAGAAGAAGUUUUUUGAGAACGCUCCAACGUUUUACGUUGAUGCAGAAGAAUUUUCUCUUACGAAAACUUUGUUCAAGUUGCUUCACGUACGACUGUCUACACUAUCAAAAUUCUCAUCUGGCCAAAUAUUGAACUUCAUGAGCAGCGAUGUAGAUAGGAUUGUUUUGUUUUUUAGCUCAUUUCAUGCAUUUUGGAGUAUGCCUCUGCAGCUGGCUAUAGCACUUUUGCUUUUGUAUCAAGAGGUUGGCUUAGCGUUUCUUUCUGGACUUGUCAGUGCUUUAGUACUUGUUCCGUUGAAUAAAUGGUUAACUUCUAAAAUUGGCCGGAUGUCAACUAAAAUGAUGCAGUAUAAAGAUGAGCGUGCAAAGUUGGUCAGCGAAACUGUGCGUAGUAUUCGAGCUGUGAAGUUAUCCAAUUGGGAGAAUGUGGUGCACAAAAGAAUUAAUUAUUUACGAGAGAAGGAGCUUCAUUAUUUGCGCAUUCGGAAAUAUUUAGAUGCUGUGUGUGUGUAUUUGUGGGCAUCUGCUCCUAUUUUAAUAACAGUUGCAAUAUUCUGCACGUAUACGCUGCUGUUACAUGAGAAAUUAAGUGCAGCAAAGGUUUUCACUUCAUUGUCUUUGGUCAACAUUCUCAUAGUACCUUUGAACGCAUUUCCUUGGGUGCUUAGCAGUUUAGUGGAAGCGAUAGUCUCUGUCAAAAGGAUUGGGGCUUUUUUUGCUUUGGAUAAUAUGGAUUUUGUCUCUCUUUAUGCGCUCACAACAGAUCCACGACAACCUCUUCAGGUCGAUUGUGCAACUUUCUCCUGGUCUGAUAGCACGUCAGUAAAAAACGUCACCUUACGGUGCAACAUGGGCAGUAUCUUAGCUUUGGUUGGCCCCACGGGGUGUGGGAAAUCUACUUUUCUGUUAGGAAUACUUGGAGAAAAUGAGGUUAACAGCAGAUGCAUUAGGAUCAGGCAGGAGACAUUGAGAGAUGGAUUUGCUUAUGUUUCCCAAGAUUGCUGGCUGCGACGUGGUACUCUGAAGGCUAACAUCGUAGACGGAACUGAAUUUGACAGUAGUCGUUAUCAGGAGGUUAUCGCUGUUACUGCUCUAAAACAAGAUAUAUCGAAUAUGCCAGGGUAUGACGAAUAUCAAAUUGGCGAUGGAGGUUGUAUGUUGAGCGGUGGGCAAAGGGCACGCGUAGCGCUUGCCAGGGCCCUCUACCAGAAUAAAGGGAUUUAUUUACUCGACGAUCCAUUUGCCUCACUGGAUUCUAAAGUUGGCCGAUUUGUUUGGGAUGAGGCUGUUGUGAAGAGACUUAGAGGUCGUGGUAAACUGGUUAUUGUGGCAACGCAUCGAACUGAGUUUUUAGAAGAUGCUGAUGAAGUCUUAGUUUUGAACUCGACUGGCAGUGUUCUGAGGCAAGGACCCCCAUCAAUUGUACUGGAAUCAGAGGGAGCAGUAAAGGGUACUGGUGAGAAUGAAUCAGAAGAGGAUAAGGAAUUUGACACCUUUGAGCAAAUGGAUGUAUUACCGGAGGAAAAACAGCAGGGGAAGGUGCGGCUUAGCGUGUAUAAAAGCUACGGCCGUGCUGCAGGAACCGUAAUGUCCAUAAGUAUUGUCGCCUCACUGUUUGCGAUGCAGUUCUCAAAGAAUGCUUCUGACUGGUGGCUGACUAAGUGGGUGGCUGCAUUUCCAUCUAACGGUUCAUUGUCUACGAGUCGUUCUAACGAGACAUCAUCCGGAACAAGCAACCUAAUUCCCUUAGAAUACGGCUCUUCGUUGAAUAAAAAUACAUCUUGGUCUGUUGUCGAUGCUGAAUGGGAAACGAUGAAGUUUUAUUUAACUGUGUAUUCUUCGAUUGCUCUUGUCAAUACAGUCUUUACUCUUAUCCGUGCAUUCCUGUUCGCAUCAGGUGGUAUUCGGGCUGCUCGAAAUCUGCACAAUAGGCUACUGGAACGAAUGCUUAAUGCUGCAAUUCCAUGGUGGGAAAGUACCCCUGCCGGUCGGGUUAUCAAUCGACUUUGCGCAGAUGUUUAUCUUGUAGAUGAUUCUUUGCCAUUUACGUUUAAUAUAUUUCUUGCUUCUUUGUUUAACCUUUCUGGCUCCAUCGUGAUUGCUCUACUGGCGUUGCCAUUGCUUGCCCCUUUAAUUGUCAUUUUAUUCGUCAUAUACUACGCCGUACAGCGGUAUUAUCGAUUUACGACUUGUGACAUUAAGCGGCUGACGUCGGUGAGCCUUUCACCUUACUACAGCCACUUAACUGAUACCAUAUCUGGCUUGAGCACAAUAAGGGCUUAUCGUCAUACAGAACGCUUUAUGAUUGACCUGCGGAGGAAGUUGACGGAUAUUAUUCGAGCGCAGUACUCGGCUUUGGCAACUACUCAGUGGCUUUCUAUAAGGCUUCAAUUGUUUGGUGUUUCCAUCCUCUCGUCGGUCGUUAUUGCAGCUUUGUUGCAGCGACAGUUUGGUUUUAUUGAUCCUGGUAUGGCUGGUUUGGCAAUAAGUUAUGCAUUGUCGGUAUCAACCCAAAUCAGUAUUCUGCUUAACUGUUUCGUGGAGACUGAAAAAGAGCUUAUUUCUGUUGAAAGGAUUGACGACUAUGCUACAAACGCGCUGUUGGAAAGUAAUUAUGGCUCUGCUCUAUUGGUGAAAGAAAAGAUCAAAGGCCGCAUCGAAUUUGUUGGUGUCAAUUUACGAUAUAGAACUAAUCUUCCUUUGGCUCUUGAAAAUGUAUCUUUCUGUAUUGAACCUGGUAUGAGGGUUGCUAUUAUUGGCCGAACUGGCUCUGGAAAAAGCAGUCUGCUUCAUGUAUUGUUACGGGCUUACGAAAUCGUGACUGACUUUGGACUCUGCUUCAGUAUUACUUCGAUAUCUGCAGGGUCUGGGAAGAUCUUCCUUGACGGUGUUGACGUUUACGACGUUGAACUCCACUCUUUGCGUUCUAUUUUUGGCAUUGUUACGCAGUCCCCUUUCGUGUUUGCUGGCACACUUUUAGAAAACCUUACCUUAGGAGACCCUUCCUGUGGGUCACAAUUGGAUAAAGUUAUGAGGCUCGAGGAAUUUCAAGAGCUCAUAAGAAGACUUGGUGGUUUUGAUGCAGAUAUUAGCGAAGGUGGUGGCAAUUUGUCGUUUGGAGAAAGACAAAUGAUUUCAAUUUGCCGUAUUCUUCUUUCACACCCAAAGGUUAUUCUUUUUGAUGAGGCUACUGCUCAUAUGGAUUUGGAAACACACAAAAUUAUGAAUGCUGUGGUUCGCGCCGUGCUACCUUCCUCAACCGUCAUAGCCUUGACCCAUCGUUUGCAGGGCAUUGAAAUGUAUGAUCUCGUCAUUAAGAUGGAGGCUGGGAAAGUAGUUUGGAGUGGUCCACCUUCUGAGCUGAUUGUUUAG